AUGAUUAGAAUCGCGCACAAGCCAUCGGGCUCUAGCACAGCACUGUGUCUGGACGCCUCUCAUAGAUUACUCAUCCACAAAACUAGCAACAGCAACCCCUCCUCGGUGACAACUACCAUUGGAUCCUCAGCCUCCGCAAUAGGAAGGUCACUCACCAGAACAGCAUCACGCCCAACGACCCUUCGACGAUACCUCUCGACCAACAACUGCAAGCAGAGCCUUCCUCUACGCAACGCCACCUCCUUAACCAACGGCUGCAACAGCGCCUCCUCACUCUUUGGCAAUUCCUCCCGCAUUUAUGCAUCGACCACCCUUCAGCAGCAACGCCCUUUUCUCCAGCAGCGCGGAUUUCAAUCCCUUGCGGUUGCUUAUCAGAGCCGAGCAGUGGAUGAGCUUGCAGAAGGCGUGCUUGGGAAAGACCCUUUGAAGAGAAAUUCGACUGCAGGACCUGGAACGGAGGAGGGCGGGAUUCUGUCGGACGGGAUUCUGCAGGGUCGCUACAACAGCAACAACAGCAAGAAGGUGAUGACCUUGGAGGAGGCGAUGGGCGAGAUCAAACCUCUGGAGUUGAGCCCCGAGUUGAUGUUGAUGAAGGGCAAGGAGCUGACUGGUGCCAAGGUGAUUGAUGGCAAGGCUAUCGCAAAAGCGAUCGUGAAGAACGUCAAGAACGAGAUCGCAACAUUCAAGGCAGAGAACCCCUUGUUCCAGCCCCGCCUCGCCAUUGUCCAGCUCGGAGAGAAGGAGGACUCGAACGUCUAUGUCGCCAUGAAGAAGAAGACCUGCAAACAGGCCGGCAUCGAGUACACCGAACACCACAUGCCCGACACCACCUCCCUUAAGGAUGUCCUCGCCACCAUCGAGAAACUUAACGCUGACCCGACCCUCCACGGUAUUCUUGUCCAACUCCCUCUCCCUCCUCACAUCGAUGCCAAGGUUGUUACCGAGGCCAUUGACCCCAUCAAGGAUGUCGACGGAUUCCACACCACCAACAUUGGUCGCCUGGCCAAGUUGUCAACCAUGCCCGACUUUGUCCCCUGUACUCCCAAGGGCGUUCUUGAGCUCAUUCGCUCCACCGGCAUCGAGAUCGAAGGCAAGACUGCCGUCGUUGUUGGACGCAGUGAUGUCGUUGGUGCUCCAACCUUUCACCUUUUGAACAAGAGCAACGCCACUGUCACUCUUUGCCACGACAAGACCAAGAACCUUGCCGAGACUGUCAAGACGGCAGACAUCCUCGUGGUUGCUGCAGGCAAAGCAGAACUGAUCAAGGGCGAGUGGCUCAAAAAGGGCGCAGUCGUCAUCGAUGUCGGCAUCAACGCCCAGCCCGACCUGACCAAGAAGAGUGGUGUCCGUCUUGUGGGAGAUGUCGAGUUCUCAAAGGCACAACAUGUUGCUGGUCACAUUACCGCUGUCCCCGGCGGCGUCGGCCCCAUGACUGUUGCCAUGUUGAUGGAGAACACUCUUCUCUCUGCCCGUCGCUUCUGGCAGGCUCAACAUGAGACUGGUGCUGCGCUGACGAAGAUCACGCCCUUGCACUUGGAGCUCAAGACCCCUGUACCUAGCGAUAUUGAUAUUGCGCUGGGUCAGCAGCCCAAGAACAUUAAGCAGGUGGCCGAGGAGAUUGGACUCGGCGUUGAUGAGUUUGAACUGUAUGGCAAGUACAAGGCCAAGGUCGACCCUGAUGUCCUCAAGCGUCUAGAACACCGACAGAACGGUCGCUACGUGGUCGUGACGGGUAUCACACCCACCCCUCUCGGCGAGGGCAAAUCGACCACCGUUGUUGGACUCGUCCAAGCCCUUGGAGCGCAUUUGGACAAGAUUGCAUUUGGUUGUGUCCGUCAGCCAUCGCAAGGUCCCACUUUUGGUAUCAAGGGUGGUGCAGCUGGAGGAGGGUACUCGCAGAUCAUCCCCAUGGACGAGUUCAACCUGCACUUGACGGGUGAUAUCCAUGCAGUCACUGCUGCCAACAACUUGCUUGCCGCUGCCAUUGAUGCGCGUAUGUUCCACGAGACCAGCGCCACCGAUGCUAUGUUAUUCAACCGUUUGUGCCCAAAGAAGAAGGGACAGCGCAGAUUCGCACCAGUGAUGCUCGACCGCCUGUACCGUCUAGGCAUCCACAAAACCACACCCGAGGAGCUGACCCCCGAAGAGAUCUCCAAGUUCGUCCGUCUCGACAUUGACCCAGCUACCAUCACCUGGCAGCGCGUCAUGGACACCAACGAUCGGUUCUUGCGCAAAAUCGAAGUCGGCCGUAGUCCUACUGAACAGGGCCAUGAACGGAUGACGGGAUUCGAUAUUGCUGUCGCGUCUGAGGUCAUGGCGGUCUUGGCUCUGAGUGCAGAUCUGAAGGAUAUGCGACAGAGAUUGGGUAGGAUGGUUGUAGCAAGCAACCGAGCGGGUCACCCUGUGACGGCGGAUGAUAUUGGAAUUGGUGGCGCUUUGACGGUGUUGAUGAAGGAUGCAAUUAAGCCCAACUUGAUGCAGACUUUGGAGGGUACACCUGUCUUUGUUCAUGCUGGACCUUUCGCCAAUAUUGCUCAUGGAAACAGCUCGGUGAUUGCUGACAGGAUUGCACUCAAGUUGGCUGGUGUUGAGCCUGGCACGGAUGCGAGUCAGAUGGGCUAUGUCGUGACCGAGGCUGGGUUCGGUGCUGAUAUUGGAAUGGAGAAGUUCUUUGAUAUCAAGUGCCGUGUCAGCAACCUUGUCCCCAACGCCGUUGUUCUUGUUGCAACUGUCAAAGCCCUUAAGAUGCACGGCGGUGGACCCGACGUCGUCCCUGGAAAGCCCUUGCCCGAGGUCUACCUGAAUGAGAACCUGUCAAUGCUCGAGGCCGGCUGUGCCAACCUAACCAAGCACAUUCAGAACGCCAAGAAGUUUGGCGUGCCCGUUGUGGUGGCGAUCAACAAGUUUACCUCCGACACCGAUGCCGAGAUGGCUCUCAUCCGCAAGCUGGCGAUCGAGGCUGGUGCAUCUGACGCUGUCCCCUGCGACAACUGGGCCAAGGGAGGUCUAGGUGCCGUGGAUCUAGGCCACGCUGUCGUUAAGGCCUGUGACAAACCCCAGGACUUCAAGUACCUCUACGACGUCCAGGACAGCAUCGAGUCCAAGAUCGAGACCAUCGCUCGCGAGAUGUACGGCGCCGACGGUAUCGACCUCUCCAAAGAAGCCCAGGAAAAGAUCUCGACCUACACACGCCAGGGAUUCGCAGGUCUCCCCAUCUGUAUGGCCAAGACCCACCUGUCGCUGUCCCACGACCCUACAAAGAAGGGUGUACCCACAGGAUUCCGUCUCCCCAUCCGAGACAUCCGUGCAUCGGUUGGAGCCGGGUUCUUGUACCCCUUGAUCGGAAACAUGCCAACCAUGCCUGGUCUCCCGACACGACCUUCAUUUUAUGACAUUGACAUUGACUUUGACACCGGCCGCGUCGUCGGACUCUUUUAA